AUGAGCACUUACUAUAUCAAUGAUGUAAUCACUGGCUUGAGACAGGCAUGCUGGCCGAAGCUGCUUGCCCCCACAUGGCUUCCCAAUCAUUACAACGGCGGGCAGAGUGACCUUCCAUCGUCUGUUCCCAGCCUUUGUCCAACAAACGUCCUCGUUUCCACCAACUCCUCAUGGAUUCCUGCAUUCAAACCCCGGCCAGCCUGCAUAACAUUAAACCAAGUCACAUCUGCGUUCCUGACCGCCGAAAGACCGUAUAUAAUGGCUAAAAUGGCCCUUUUUAUCCCCUCCCAAACCCGGUAUAACCUAAUUAUCCCACCUGCACCUGGCAUUUAUUUUGUCAACCGCUUGUCUCCUUUCCCAACGGCUGGGCCUGCAAGAACUCCUGGAUGGAGCACCCACUCUCGCUGUCGGGUGCAUCCAUGGCUUCAUCCCAUGAGCAGCAUAGGUAAGACGAGAUAUUACCCCCUUACCCCUUCUAUCGUCCGGUUACGCCGUGCUGUCCAGAAGCACCCUGAAGACAACCAUGCCGGUGAUGAUGCCGCAGGGGACGAACUAGAACUAGUGGCUUCGGCCGUCGACUCUUUGCAGCACAUAAGCGAUCGUCUAGGCGGGUUGUUCGGCAUAACGUGAAGGAUUACGAAUACGGCCCAGACGCUCUUUAGACUCGCGCGGAGAGUGGGUCAAGGGGGUCAGGGGCGGUGAUGGAUGAGGCGGGUGAAGAAGGGG